AUGGGGGGCCUUCGGCUCCAACAUUGGAACGCGCGCGGACUCGCUUGUAAGGCCACCUACUUUAAACAUUUACUCAGUUCUCAGGACAUCGCCGUCGCCCUGGUCAGCGAGACGCACCUCACUGCGGCAUCCAGGUUGCGCAUUCCAGGGUACGAAGUCUACCGCCAGCACCACGUCGACACCACUGGUCGCGCCUACAGUGGCCUAGCAGUCAUGGUGAGGCGCCGCAUACCGCAUCGGUUGCUGCCCGACGUGGCCGUCACCGAAUGCUCGGCCCUGGAAAUGAUUACCCUCGAACGUAUAAGAGAAAUCUUUUCAGGAGAGUCAUCAUUUCCAGAUAUCCCGAUGGAAGUAUCAGAAGUCCCACAGAGAUCAGUUGACCCACUUGAAUUCUCAUCCAAUUUGCGAUCUGAUUUAAUUUAUGCUCAAUUUAGAUUUGAAAUUGAUUUCAUCCUUCGUCAAAUCAACAAAAAUCUAAUUUUAAUUCAAAACCAUAUUUGUGACUUCCUUCAUUUAAAAUGGACCACUUUAUAUCCUCCUGAUCUUCCCAGAAAAGUGGCCCAAUAUGCAACUUUCUCCCCCUAUUCUCUUGGUGAGUUUAAAGAUGGUCUAUAUAAGAUCACAUUCACUAUAGAAACUAAAUUACUGUUAUCUUUAAGAAUUCCGUUGAAUAGAAAACAUGGGAUGUUUAAAGUAAUUGAUGAACAUAAUAAUAUAACUCUUUGGGUAGAACCAAUUUCUAAAAUCCUUUAUGCGGAUCCCAUUUGGACUCAUUAUUCAAUGGUUGCAUCAUGGUUGCCAAUGAUAAAUGGGACAGGAAUUGAUCCUCUAACUGGAAAAGUAAUCAAUCCUAAAACAGCAAAUACUCCCAUUUCUUUAAUUGAACAGGCUGAAGAAUAUUAUAGUAAAGCAUUAUACUCUCAAGGCUCAUUAGCAGGAAUUAUAGAAGAUAAUAUUUACUAUAAUUCUCCAGCAUUUCCUGCUGGUGACUCUUCAGUGUCCUCCUCCCGGUGGAGUGGAUGGUUCAUAUAA